CCGAGAACGCUGUGCCGCAGAGAACGCUGAGCUCGGAGCGCCGAGAGUCCCAGCAGGGCAAGGAGGCGCGGCCUGGUCCUCGCGCGUGGGAGACAGAUGGGCCCGGGCGUCGGGGAAUGCGUACCUAAGCUCGGGUGAAGCUCUCGGGAAGGGUAAGACGGCGGCGACGAGAUGCAAGCGGAGGAGCCCUGCGCCCCCCGGCCCCCCAGCGCCCCGGGAGCCCAGCGCGCGCCGGGCCCCGAGCUGCGCCUGUCCAGCCAGCUGCUGCCGGAGUUCUAUACCUUCGUGGUGCGCGUGCUGUUCUACCUGGGGCCUGUCUACCUAGCCGGCUACCUGGGGCUCAGCAUAACCUGGUUGCUGCUCGGCGCCCUGCUGUGGAUGUGGUGGCGCAGGAACCGCCGCGGGAAGCUCGGGCGUCUGGCCGCCGCCUUCGAAUUCCUUGACAAUGAACGCGAGUUCAUCAGCCGCGAGCUGCGGGGCCUGCACCUGCCAGCCUGGAUCCACUUCCCAGACGUGGAGCGGGUCGAGUGGGCCAACAAGAUAAUCUCUCAGACCUGGCCCUACCUCAGCAUGAUCAUGGAAAGCAAGUUCCGGGAGAAACUUGAGCCCAAGAUCCGGGAGAAGAGCGUCCACCUGAGGACCUUUACCUUCACCAAGCUCUACUUUGGACAGAAGUGCCCCAGGGUCAAUGGUGUCAAGGCACACACUAACAAGUGCAACCGAAGACGUGUGACGGUGGACCUGCAGAUAUGCUAUGUCGGAGACUGUGAGAUCAGCGUGGAGCUGCAGAAGAUUCAGGCUGGUGUGAACGGGAUCCAGUUGCAGGGCACCCUGCGGGUCAUCCUGGAGCCCCUGCUAGUGGACAAGCCCUUCGUGGGAGCCGUGACUGUGUUCUUCCUUCAGAAACCGCACCUGCAGAUCAACUGGACAGGCCUGACCAACCUGCUGGAUGCGCCGGGAAUCAAUGAGGUGUCAGACAGCCUGCUGGAGGACCUCAUUGCUGCCCACCUGGUGCUGCCCAACCGUGUGACUGUGCCUGUGAAGAAGGGGCUGGACCUGACCAACCUGCGCUUCCCUCUGCCCUGCGGGGUGAUCAGAGUGCACUUGCUGGAGGCAGAGAAGCUGGCCCAGAAGGACAGCUUCCUGGGGCUCCGAGGCAAGUCAGAUCCCUACGCCAAGGUGAGCAUUGGCCUGCAGCAUUUCCGGAGUAGGACCAUCUACAGGAGCCUGGAUCCCACCUGGAAUGAGGUGUUUGAGUUCAUGGUUUAUGAAGUCCCUGGGCAGGACCUGGAGGUAGACCUGUAUGAUGAGGAUACUGACAGGGAUGACUUCCUAGGCAGCCUGCAGAUCUGCCUUGGAGAUGUCAUGACCAACCGAGUGGUGGAUGAGUGGUUCGUCCUGAAUGACACAACCAGCGGGCGGCUGCACCUGCGGCUGGAGUGGCUUUCACUGCUCACUGACCAGGAACCUCUGACUGAGGACCAUGGUGGCCUUUCCACUGCCAUUCUCGUCGUCUUCUUGGAGAGUGCCUGCAACUUGCCGGUGAGUGGUGACAUGUCCAGAGUGUCACACACAUGCAACAUAAGUGCCCAUCACUUUCAAAUGGUCCUGUGUUGCUUUAACCCCAUUAUUCCUGUGCUGCAGAGAAACCCUUUUGACUACCUGAAUGGCGAAUAUCGAGCCAAAAAACUCUCCAGGUUUGCCAGAAACAAGGUCAGCAGAGACCCUUCUUCCUAUGUCAAACUAUCAGUAGGCAAGAAGACACACACAAGUAAGACCUGUCCCCACAGCAAGGACCCUGUGUGGAGCCAGGUGUUCUCCUUCUUUGUGCACAAUGUGGCCACUGAGCAGCUCCAUCUGAAGGUGCUUGAUGAUGACCAGGAGUAUGCUCUGGGAAUGCUGGAGGUCCCCUUGUGCCAGAUCCUCCCCUAUGCUGACCUAACUCUUGAGCAGCGCUUUCAGCUGGACCACUCAGGCCUGGACAGCCUCAUCUCCAUGAGGCUGGUACUUCGGUUCCUUCGAGUGGAGGAACGAGAGCUGGGGAGCCCAUACACAGGACCUGAAGCCCUAAAGAAGGGCCCUCUGCUCAUCAAGAAGGUGGCUACCAACCAGGGUCCCAAAGCCCCACCUCAGGAAGAAGGCCCUACAGAUUUGCCAUGUCCCCCAGACUCUGCGUCUGAAACUAAGGACACAACCAAGAGUACCACAACCACCACCAGUGCUACCACCGUUGCCACUGAGCCCACACCCCAAGAGAUAGGCCCAGAGCCCAAAGGCAAGGACAGUGCCAAAAGGUUCUGUGAGCCCAUGGGGCAGAAGAAGAGUUCAACCACCAUCUUCCUGACUGUCCCAGGCCCCCACUCUCCAGGACCCAUCAAGUCACCCAGACCCAUGAAAUGUCCGUCUUCCCCAUUCGCAUGGCCGCCCAAGAGGCUGGCUCCCAGCAUGUCCUCGCUCAACUCCCUGGCCUCUUCCUGCUUUGACCUGGCAGAUAUCAGCCUCAACAUUGAAGGUGGGGACCUCAGGCGGCGGCAGCUGGGCGAGAUUCAGCUCACAGUGCGCUAUGUGUGUCUGCGGCGCUGCCUCCGCGUGCUCAUCAACGGCUGCAGAAACCUGACACCAUGUACCAGCAGUGGAGCUGAUCCCUACGUCCGUGUCUACUUGUUGCCAGAAAGGAAGUGGACAUGUCGUAAGAAGACUUCAGUGAAGCGGAAGACCUUGGAACCCCUGUUUGAUGAGACAUUUGAAUUUUUUGUUCCCAUGGAAGAAGUAAAGAAGAGGUCACUCGAUGUUGCAGUGAAAAAUAGUAGGCCACUAGGCUCACACAGAAGAAAGGAGUUAGGAAAAGUACUGAUUGACUUAUCGAAAGAAGAUCUGAUUAGGGGCUUUUCACAAUGUGGACUUGAUGUUUGGCUUUGCCAAUAAGGGGCGAUGGAAGGACACUGCAAGGCUAUAGCAGGAAGAAGAGGCUUUUCUUCUGCUGUUUUCCAUUGGCGUAUAGAGCUGUUCUCAAUCACCUAAGCGCACCCCACAGUUUACCCUUGGCUCAUGCCCUAAGAACCAUGGCCUUUAUGUUUUAUCAGCAGACAGCACCUUUUGGCAAGUUUCUUAGCCACACAUGGGUUGCACGUUCCUGUGGCAGCCAGAGGAGGUCUAAAUCUCAGCUUGGUAGGGAGGCACUUAGCUAGUUUCUAACUUCCUUUCUUGUUCUCUCUCCCUUACCCGUGGGGGAAACCAUCUGCAUCCCAAAGUUGAUAUUCUGUAUCCCCUAGAGUCCACUUCUACCCCUUUUAGUAGUAAACACAAGAAUUGCUAACUAGUAAAAGGUGAUUAAGUUUUUCAUGUUUGGUUACCUGUGCAAUAUGGUUUCUGUCUCCUUAGUAUGUGUUCAAAAUUGCAAAAUAACUAUGAAAAUAAAGUAAUAGUAGAAAGCCAA